AUGAAAAACAAAAUUAUAUAAAAAAAAAACAGAAAACUAGGUGUACCUAUAUGUAUCUUUGUGUUUGAUUGUUAUAGGAACAGAGUGCAAGAAGCGAUAGAAAAGUGUGCGGGAUCAUUAUAGGAGAGAAAAAAAGGAAGGGAAAGGAACAGGAAAAGCUGCUAAAAAAAAGAGAGCUAUUUACUGGGAUUGUUUGAGAUUUUUAGAUGUAGUGGAAGAUGAAAGAGACAGUUUUUCAAACAUAUCCGAGCAUGAAGUGACUGGCGUUUUCGAUGAAGGAGAUAAAGAGGAUGGAGAUAAAGUAGUGCAAGAAUGUGUUUCAACCGAGCAAAAGUCAGACCAAUCAACUCUUCCUAUAACUUCUGUACACACUCCUACUGAACAUACGCAGAUGUCAAGUGGUCUAAAGACUUGCUCUGAUGAUUUUCAAAUACCAAAAUCAAAUAAAAGGAAAGAAAAUGCUUAUAUUAAUAAAUACUUAAAAGAAAAAAAGGAAGAUAGGGAUCAUUUUAAAAAGUGCUUAGAAGAACUUAUAACACCAGAACCAGAAGAAGACGCAACAGACAUGUUUUUCAAAACUAUAGCUGCUACUGUGAAAAAAUUUCGCCCGGACCUCGCCACUAAGACAAAAGCAAAAAUUUUUCAAAUCACUACAGAAAUGGAACUUUUGAACUAG